AACUGUCAUUUAGUUUUUUAACUUCGCUAUGAGCAAAAGUUUUUUGGUCUAGAACAUAAUAUAAUUCGUUGAAUUCGAUUUAUCACUCUUCGAAGUGGUAUCGUGAAUGCUUAUGAUCCAUCUAAUCAUGGAGCUUUUAUGCAUCUAAUGCACCUGAUUCGAUUUAAUCAAAAUCAGACAUUUUUUUUACUAAUAUAGAUACAUAAUGCUAUGAGCAAAAAUUUUUUUGGUAUAAAACAUAAUAUAAUUCGUUGAAUUCGAUUCAUCACUCUUCGAAAUGACAUCGUGAAUGCUUAUGAUCCAUCUAAUCAUGGAGCUUUCAUGCAUCUAAUGCGCCUGAUUCGAUUUAAUCAAAAUCAGACAUUUUUUUAUUAAUAUAGAUACGUAAUGCUAUGAGCAAACAUUUUUUUGGUAUAAAACAUAAUAUAAUUCGUUGAAUUCGAUUCAUCACUCUUCGAAAUGACAUCGUGAAUGCUUAUGAUCCAUCUAAUCAUGGAGCUUUUAUGCAUCUAAUGCACCUGAUUCGAUUUAAUCAAAAUCAGACAUUUUGCUAAUAUAGAUACAUAAAAUAUCAUAAUUGUUAUUUGUUUUGUUAUUGUACGUAUUUUUUUCAGCCGCGAGAUGCAACGGGAAGGGUAACACACUGCGCGUUAUACUUUCUCCUGAAGCAGGAGUGAAAUCUGCAGUAAUUCGUUGGAUGCGUUUAAGAAACCUGUAGCUGCAGUUGUCAAUAAUAACAGCUAUAUUGCGCCCUCAUUAGAAUAUCAGAUUGUAUAAUGAUAUUAGAUUGGAUUUAAAACGAGAGUACGAAUAUAACAGCAAAUAUUAGAACACAAAACGUCUACUGAAUUUUUGUUUCCAAUCUCCUCAAAUUAAAAAAUUUACCGCAGUUAUGUAUAUUUAUACAAAGGCCGUAGACAUACAGAACACUGAAUGUUGAGAAAAGAGGAAAGUUUGCAGGAGCAAAUAAGAGAGACCUGGUUUUCUGUAGGGCAAUAAUAAGGCGCAGAAAGUUGGGAGAGGCUCAUUGCAUCCGGAACCGUUGCAGUUGCAGUUGCAGCUGCAGAAGUACAUCUGUAUUCGCCAGGCUACGAUAAUCACGGUAUUAGACCUAUCUAUAGUCGAUUUAUAGACGAACUUUACACACUAAAAAUAUAAACUGUAUUUAAAUAGACAUUACCACGAUGGUACUGACCUACUCAACGAUUGAUGGAGAAAUUGGCAAGAAACUUGACCGCAUGUUCAGUGUAGAAAACAGUUUCGUUCGAGUUGAACCAGGACCGUGUGUUUUACCGCCAAAUUACGCUCUAUAUGGUCCCAAAAUUCGAGACAUGGAAAUUCGGGAGGACGAUGUUUGGCUUGUCUCCUAUCCACGGACUGGUAGCCAUUGGGCACAAGAAAUGACUUGGUGCAUAGGGAACGACUUUGACUAUGAACAAGCGCAAACACUUUCAGUUUUGCGGAAUCCUCUUCUUGAACUCUCGGCGUUGCUUGUGAGCGGUGAAUACGUUGAUUGGUUUUCAAAAUUGGGGAACAGCGUCGAAAAUGUUGAAAGAACUCCAAGUCCUAGAUACGUCAAGUCGCACUUGCCAUGGGAUUUGCUGCCUUCGCAAUUAAAAAUUAAAAAACCGAAGAUUAUUUAUGUUACCAGAAAUCCGAAAGACGCAUGCGUUUCCUUCUAUUAUUACUGCAAACUUCUUCAUGGCUUGAAAGGAACUUUUGAAGAAUUUGCCGAACUUUUUCUGCAGGGCAUGGUACCCAUGGGAUCGUUUUGGAAUCACGUGUUGAAAUUUUGGGAGCAUAGAAAUGAUGAAAAUAUACUCUUUCUCACAUACGAAGAGAUGCAGAAGGAUCAGGCUGGAGCGAUAAGGAAGACGGCAAAAUUCUUAAACAAAGUCGUAACAGCAAGCCAAGUUUCCGGGCUGUGCGAACACUUGAAAUUUUCAAAAAUGGCAGCGAACCCCGCGGUAAAUUUGGAGUAUAUGAUAGGAAAAAGUGAAGACUCGGAUUUGAAGUUCAUCAGAAAAGGGAAAGUAGGGGACUGGAGGAAUCAUAUGAGCGUUGAAUUAGCGGAAAGGUUUGACCAAUGGACGGAAAUUAACACCAAGGGGUCUGGGCUGAAGUUGGAGUACAAGCUACCUGGCCUAGAGGAAUAAUCUGUAUAGUUUUCAAACGUCAAUUUGUAAUGGCAUGUUGUUCAUUUUAUCGUUCAGAAUCAUUGAUUUUGUAAUUUGUUUUCAAGAUUUUUGUAUGUAAUAAAAAUGUGUUCACUGAAAAAAA